UUUAGGCGAAUUAUUAUUAACAGUGUUCGACAUCGGUAGUAUAAAUAACAUAGCGCGCUAUUGUUUAUGAGUCAUGAUCUUGUUAUCACUUGCACGGCGACGCUCGAAUAAUAAAGUAGAAAUGCGAAAUACUUUGUAUAUUGUGGAAUUCCUUUUUUAAACACGAUAGUAUUUUCGUGAGUGAAUGCAAAUACAAUAAGAAGUAACAAAGAAAGCAAGAGAGAAAAAGAAUUGAACGAUGGAUGAAUCAAUGAGAUAUAUAUACAAUAAAAAUAAUUAGCGGAGAAUCAGUGCUGUACUAGCUAACCGACUGUUGGAAGAUGAGGAUCGUAUUCCUACUCGAAAUCGGUGUUGACGAGAAAAUCUUAUCCGAUGGCGAGCGGCGCUAACAUGUAUAAGGAAAAGUUGUUCAGAAUCAUGCUGCCGACGACAUAUUUCAAGGUCAUUGAAAUCAGUGAGGAAUUGCUAAUGUAUAUAAUUACCAAUUUUGCUAUCGCAUAUGUUAAAUUGAGUUGAAUUUUCCGAAAUAGAUAAAUGAAAUAAAAACAGACAUCAAUUCUUGUUAGCCCAUUCUUUUCGAAUGUGUUUGAGCGCGGGAAUGGCUUUUAUCAAUACUAGGAUGGAGCUAUUAUCGAAAUUUAACAUGAUACUUGACUUGAUUGCAACAAUACAUAUGGUAGAUAAACCUCUAUCUAUAAAAAUAUAUCUCGCAAUACUGGGGUUACUCAUUAUUAUCAAGCGUCCAGAUAUAGUAGAUAAGGAGAAUCGUGUGCAAUCUGUACCGACGCAACAACUGUUAGCUCAAUACGAUUAUGUGAUAAUUGGCGGAGGAUCUGCCGGUGCUGUAUUAGCUAAUCGAUUGUCAGAGGAUGAGAAUCGUACCGUACUCCUACUCGAAGCCGGUCUUAAUGAGGACAUUCUGUCUGACGUGCCAGAUAAUGUGGGAAUUUUAUCUCAUACAUCUUACGAUUGGGAUUUUAAAACAGAACCAUCGUCUAAUUAUUGCUUGGCCAUGAAUAAUUAUCGCUGUUAUUGGCCACGUGGAAAGAUACUAGGUGGUAGCAGUGUUCUAAAUGGAAUGUUAUAUGUACGUGGUAAUAAACAAGACUACGAUUCUUGGGCGGCUCUUGGUAAUGCGGGAUGGGAUUACAAGAGUGUUUUGCCGUAUUUCAAAAAAUCCGAGGAUGCUAGAGCCGAGGAACUCGCCGACUCGCCUUAUCAUCAGAAGGGUGGAUACUUGACGGUAGAACGUUUCAGAUACAAUUCGCCAGUCGACGAUUAUAUUAUUCACUCUGGCGAAGAGUUAGGAUACAAAGUGCAAGAUGUAAAUGGCGAAAAUCAAACUGGUUUUACAUAUUCUUAUGGUACUUUAAGAAAUGGAUUUCGGUGCAGCACUGCCAAAGCUUUCCUGCGACCUGUUUCGAAGAGGAAGAAUUUGCACGUCAGCUUACAGUCCUUCGUGGAAAAUAUAUUAGUGAAAAAAAAUAACACGUCGAAAAUAGCGUACGGAAUAUUGUUUCGUAAGGAUCGGAGAAAUUUCACAAUCAAGGCGAAACGAGAAAUUAUUCUUUCCGCUGGUUCGAUACAGUCACCGAAACUAUUGAUGCUUUCGGGAAUCGGACCAAAAGAUCAUCUCGAAGAGAUGAAUAUAUCUGUGGUGCAUCAUGCACUCGGUGUAGGGCAAAAUCUUCAAGAUCACGUGGGAAUGGGUGGAAUAACUUACAUUGUCGAUCCUGAAAUAGUUCCCAACGAGCGGAGGAGAUUCACUAAAAAUCAUUCUGGGAUCGGUAGUUUGAAAAAUAUUCAAGAAUUGAUACAGAAUAAUUCUGGCCCACUCUUUUCACAUGUGAUAAGUGGGGGAAUGGCGUUUAUCAAAACCAAAUAUGCGGACAAAAUGAUAGAUUAUCCGGAUGUACAAUUGCUUUUCUCGGGCGCUUCUGACUACGGAUUAAAUGACGCAAAUUCCCGCGGGGUUAACUCAAAAACUGCCUCCGCUUUAUACAAAAAUAUCACAAAAAAUGUUCAAGCAUUCGGAGUUUUACCAUAUAUUUUGAGACCACGCAGCAGAGGCUUUAUCAAGCUAAAAUCGAAAGAUCCGAAAGAAGCUCCUAUCAUAAAUCCAAAUUAUUUCGAGGAUCCUCAUGAUCUUCAAGUUUUAAUAGAGGCCCUGAAAUUCAUGAAGGAAAUGAUACGCACAUCUCUUAUGCGAAAAUUAAAUGCAACCUUGCUUGAUACCAAGAUGCCAGGUUGUUCACAAUUUGCUUUCGAAUCGGAUGAAUAUUGGGCUUGCUAUGCGCGUCAUUUCACAGCGACGAUUUUUCAUCCGGUUUCUACUUGUAAGAUGGGUCCCAUCAAUGACAGCUAUGCUGUUGUCGACCAUAGAUUAAAAGUCCAUGGAAUUGAUCAUUUGCGUGUAAUUGAUGCGUCGAUCAUGCCGCAAAUAAUUUCGGGAAAUACGAACGCGCCGACAAUCAUGAUAGCAGAGAAAGGUGCUGAUAUGAUAAAAGAAGAUUGGUCGUAAAUAUUCAGUUAAUGCUGAAAAUUAUAUUAUAUUAUAUGUGUAUAUCUUUCUUCUUAUUAAACAUUGCAACUAAAAAGUGAUUAGUUGUGAUUAUUUAGUUAACGUUGAAAAUUGUGUUGACUGCAGGACAAAUAUAUAUAUGUAUACAUAUAAUUAUAUGUA